UGGUGUCUCUGGUCCCCCAUUCGCACUGACUGGAUGCAGUCCCAGCAGGUUAUCAUUUAAGGAGAGAGAUAACAUUAGAGAGCUCAGAUGAUGCUACAAAUUACACAUUGUCCAUGCUUUCCUUUCGCAGAUAAACAGUGACAAUGUUGAGGAAUGUGGCAGAAGAACAGUUGAUCAAGACAGAUUCUUGAGGUGCGUGCAUGGUGUUCAACAAGCUAAUCUGGAUAGCUAAGUAGCUAGAGAACAUGGCAAGAAGAACAAGGAUGUGUUUGACAUUUCCUGGUAUAGUGGUUGUCUGUCUGCUUCUUCUGGUUGGCUUAGUGGAGACAGCCAAUGAAGUAGACCCAUACAAUAUUCUUGGAGUGACCAAAAGUGCAAGCCAAACUGAAAUCAAGAAAGUGUACAAGCGCCUAGCUAGGGAAUGGCAUCCUGAUAAAAACAAAAAUGAAGGCGCUGAAGAUAUGUUCAUCAAGAUUACCAAAUCUUAUGAGAUCUUAUCCAACGAGGAGAAAAGGGCCAAAUAUGACCGGUAUGGACAGACUGAUGACACCCAGCCGUAUGGUCAUGGUCACUACGGUCAUGGUCACGACCAAUUCUACUUCGACGAGUCCUUCUUCCACUUCCCCUUCAGCAACAAGGGCAGCCAGGAGUUUGCUGAUAGCAAGUACGCUCUGCACUUCAACCAGUAUGUGAAUGACGUGGUGCCUGACAGCUUCAAAAGACCGUAUCUGAUCAAAAUCACCUCCGACUGGUGCUUCAGCUGUAUCCACAUUGAGCCAGUCUGGAAAGAGGUUGUGCAGGAGCUGGAGGCCUUGGGUGUGGGGAUUGGUGUGGUGGACGUUGGUUAUGAGAGACGUCUGGCCAAUCAUCUCGGUGCUCACCGCACCCCGUCCAUACUCGGUGUCAUCAACGGGAAAGUGACCUUCUUCCACUACGCUGUGGUGAAGGAGCACCUGAGGCAGUUUGUGGAGGACCUGCUCCCUCAGAGACUGGUUGAGAAGGUAAAUAACAACAGCAGCAACAAACAACAUGAUUUCGCAAAUUCACAAAUCUUUUUUUGUGUGUGUAUGUUUCAGGUUACAGACAGGAAUGACCUUCAAUUCCUGAACAGCUGGCAUGAGCAGAACAAGCCGCACGUGCUUCUGUUUGACCAAGUGCCUGUAGUCCCACUCUUGUACAAGCUGACUGCGUUCGCCUAUAAGGAUUAUGUUCAGUUUGGGUACGUGGACCAGGGUCUCUCAGAUACUGCCAACCUACUGAAACAGUUCAACAUUAACACCUACGCCCCCACCAUGCUGGUCUUUAAGGAGAGUAUAGACAAGCCUGCAGACAUUAUACAGGCUAAAGGAAUGAAAAAACAAGUCAUUGAUGAAUUCAUAUUGAACAACAAGUUUCUCCUCGUCCCUCGACUGGUGAACCAGAAACUGUUUGAUGAGCUUUGUCCUGUGAAGCAGUUCCACCGACGCAGAAAGUACUGUGUCCUGCUGAUCACUGGUGAUGAGGAGUCCUAUACCAUAGGAAACCAGGCCUUCCUCUCAUUUGCCUACACCAACACUCAGGAGGUGGUGAGAUUUGCUUAUGUCUACCAAAGACUGCAACAACCACUGUGUGAUACUCUGCUGAAGACCAAGGACAGUACACAACCACCACAGGUGUUCAUCCUGGAGCGUCGUAACGCGGCAGGUAAGGUCCUGUACAAGGAGGUGGCGGGCGGUUGGAAUGGAACCGAUAAGAAUAAACAACGUCUCUUGGAUGAGCUGCAGAGGCUACAGAAAGACCCCUCCAUCCUCAACCAAGACGCAAUGCUGCCGGAGCUCAACAAUGAGUUUGCCUCUAUGUUUCUCAUUCGAUGGAUCUAUACAGCUUAUGAUUACCUCACUGAAAUCAUUGAUGAUAUUCUUCACAAUAAUUGGCGUGAGAUGAUGCCCCUCCUGUCGUUGAUAUUCUCUGCCUUAUUCAUCCUGUUUGGAACUGUGGUGGUUCAGGCUUUCAGUGACUCUAGUGAAGACGGCAAAUCCAAACCGAAGGCAAAAGACGGAGCUAAGGCAGAAAAUGGAUCACCGGGUAGCAGCAGCACCUCAAGUCGCCCACCGAAGAAGAACUUUGUGGAGGUGACGGAGCUGACAGACAUCACGUACACCAGUAACCUGGUGAAGCUGAGACCAGGCCAUAUGAACGUGGUGCUGGUGCUCACUGACGCCUCCAAGAACGUCCUGCUCAGCAAGUUUGCCAAAGAGGUCUACUCUUUCACUGGGAGCCUGACGCUCCACUUUUCCUUCUUGAACGUGGACAAGCACAGUGCAUGGAUGGAGACGCUGCUGGAGUUCGCCCAGGAUGCCAUGCAGAUAGACACUGACGAGGACGAUGGCGCCCGCCACAAGAUAGACUACACGGGCUACAUCCUGGCACUCAACGGCCAUAAGAAGUACCUCUGCCUCUUCAGGCCUGUCUACACUGGGGAGGAAGGACCCGGGGGCGCCACUGGGGGAGGGAGAAGGUCUGGGUCCAGAGAGGACCACCCACCACGCAGGUCUAUGCCCAGGUCCCGCUCCACUGCCACACUGCAGAUCCACCACAAACUGGACCGCCUGGGGCUGUGGAUGGAGAGGCUGAUGGAGGGAACCCUUCCCAGGUACUACAUCCCUGCCUGGCCUGGCCUGGAGAAGAUCACCGCCCCCAAAUAGGGGGGAAGAUAACAGGACUCCUACCGAACAUCCUGAUUGCCGGCAAAACUUUUGUGAGGUUUGAAAUGAAUUACAUGCAAAGUCAGGAUUCAGGCCUAAAUGGACACAUACCAAAGCUAUCUGUGUCUAAAAGCCAAGAUUCCAAGGUGUCCUCAUGGCAAUGUAUUCAGGGGGGAGGUUAAUGUAUGUUUUGAGUGCAUGCACUGGGACAUAGUUUGAAGAAAUUCCUUUCAAUAGUGAGGUUGGCUUGACUCAUUGAGACAACUGGACUACAUUCAUCUGCCAUCUCAUGUUCUGCUGGAGUUAGCUACAGCUGUCUGUUUUGCACUUCAGAUAUGUAUUUCUUACAGAAGUACUUUAAAGUAGGAUCGAUAGAGGGAGGGUACAGAAUAUAGUGGAUCUAAAAGCAACAACCGUUGAACAAUUCCUAGAUCACUUUCCUUUUGGGAUCCCUUCCUCUGCAUGCUGUCAUAGUAGUGACUUAGUUAUAAUAUCUGCUGCUGUUACAACCUCUAGAUGAGCUAACUUAAUCACUGUGGUCAUAAGUAGACUCCUGCCUUUUUAAAACCAUCAUCCAUGCUAUUCAUGUAUGUAAUCUAUCAGACUGUGCUCUGAUAUUAGCUUCACUGUCUCAAUGGUGAUUGGUCAGUUCUGUGAAUAGAGAUGCAUGUCUCUACUAGAUCUAUUUUGUUCACCAUUUUGAUCGUUUCCUGAACUUAAGGCUUAUUAUUGUGCAAUAUAUAAUGGAACUACAAUGCCUUCCAUUUCCCCUGGCAGCUAAUAUUUCAUGUUUAUCCUUCUUCAUGUCGACAGACUAUUAUUGAAAAACCUACACAACAUUAUUAUUGUGCUUUUUGUUACAUGACCAAUUGCAAGCUUUUUACAUUAGUCUAUUUUACUUUUUAUUUGAUUUUUUACAUCACAUAGCCAGUGGCUUCAGUGGGCUCAGUUGGUAAAGCAUGGCGCUUGCAACGCCAGGGUUGUGGGUUCGAUUCCCACUGGGAACCACUACGAAAAAUGUAUGCAAUCACUACUGUAAGUCGCUCUGGAUAAGGGCGUCUGCUAAAAGACUAAAGUGUAUGUAGCAAUGAUAUAGUGUAUGUUGGACAACAUUUCAUGUGACAUUUAUUUUGGAAUAGAUCAGGGCAGAGCAAAUGCAAAUUAAAAAACAACUUAACUGUGCUUAACCCAAUUUAUAAGCAUUAAACUCUGAUAUUGUCGUCAUGACAAUAAUGUAGUUAUAUUUGGGAAAUGUAAAUGCUGUACAUAUUCUACCAUGUUAUCUACACAUUCUACCAUGUUAUCUACAUAUUCUACCAUGUUAUCUACACAUUCUACCAUGUUAUCUACACAUUCUACCAUGUUAUCUACAUAUUCUACCAUGUUAUCUACAUAUUCUACCAUGUUAUCUACACAUUCUACCAUGUUAUCUACACAUUCUACCAUGUUAUCUACAUAUUCUACCAUGUUAUCUACAUAUUCUACCAUGUUAUCUACACAUUCUACCAUGUUAUCUGUACAUAGUUUACCUUCUACCAUGUUAUCUGUACAUAUAUUAACAUCAUACUAUAAUUAUAUAAAAUGACUUUUUACAUGCAUUUUAUAAUAACAUGGUCACAUCAUUCAUCAAUACUGUUGUUUUAUUUGAUUAUAAAACAUGUUACAAAAUCACUAUACUAAUAACCCUGGUACAAUGUUGACUAAAUAAAUGUAUCUGAUUUGCAGAUGUCUCAAAGGUUCUGCUACAGUGCAUAUCCUCUUGCUGUGUGUAAUAAAUGCUUGAUGUUCA